AUGGCUAUCAUAAGAAACUUAACUUUCUUGAUCACUUUCGGAUGCUUGUGGACUUGUCACUACGCUGCAAGCUUAACUCAGGACACGCUCAAACCAGGGGAGACACUCAACUCCUCAAGGUCCUUGGUUUCAGCCUCGGGGAAUUUCACCUUGGCUUUCUUUGUACCUAAUGAUGGUUCCAAAAACAGUCAACUCGCAAUCCUUCGCAGUAAAAAAGGUGUGAAUCAUGCAUGGAUUGCAAACCGAAACACACCUAUUUUAUAUCCUUCAUCCCCAUUUCUUACCUUGGACUCAAACAACACAUUGAAAAUUACACACCAAAGUGGAGAUCCUAUUGUCAUUUACUCCCCUCCACAAAAUAGUACUAGUACUAGUAGUGUUGUUUUGGCUACCCUUUUGGAUAACGGAAAUUUUGUACUACAAGAAGUGAAAUCUGUGGAUGGCUGA